AGCCGAUCAAAUGUUGUUUCUUCAAUAGAUGCUUCGUCCUCCCCGCUGCAGAUCGAAAUGCUCGCUUCUUUCGCUUUUGCUUUUCGCGCUGAAGUCCCUCUUCGUCCCCAUAUAAGCGAUGAGCUUCUCUCACUAACAUUCUUCUCAAGUAAAGUUGCAAUGGCGCAAAAGCUUCAUGUCGUGGAUUAGGCUUGUCCAAGUGUGGCAAACCGCAGAAGGAAGAGUCUGGCAGAGCAUAUUCGGUUCGAGCGCGAGACUUGGACAGCACCUCGAACGCACCGUCGCGCAGCGUUUGAUCCUGCUUGCAAGUCACGCACACCUGCAGCGAGAAGUGGUCCAACAGCAUGCGGUCCAGAUACAUCGCGUCGUCGCCGCAUUCUUCGCAGCGACCAACAGGCAGAUCGUCGGUCAUUGAGUUGGAUGACUCUGGUGCCAUUGUGGCAAUGGUGGCGCCAGUAUGCAAGUGAAGUUGUGUCGUUGGCGCGUUUUUUUUUAACUUGAGUUCAGUAAGGGUCAUUAUUUCGGGGUAGUGAUGAAAGCUGCAUGUUUGGAUUGACACUGCAAAAUUGAGUGGACGUGAAAAUGGCCGAAACAAAGGCACCCGAGGACGCGCAGACGCUGAGCAAGCUCCCGCAGAAGAAGUUCUACCGCUCGCGUGCGCACUGCAACCCGCUGUCGCACAAUGACUGCUUCAACUACCCGCAGACGCCCGAUGAAAUGGACUGGUCCACACACUACCCAGGCAUUGAGAACCCGUACGAAUCUACACUUAUAAGGUCAUCCAGUCAGUUCAUUGAUUUCGUAUUGAUAUGAGCAGGAGCGUGGACUUUUUGGACGUCGGCUGUGGCUUCGGUGGACUCACAGGUUCGUCCUAUGCAGCGAUUAAAAUCCUCGUUAUGGAUAAUGGCAAUCACGUUUAUUUUACUGAUUGCAGUGAAGCUGGCGGAGUUGUUCCCAGAUAAGUUGACACUGGCGCUCGAGAUCCGUGCCAAGGUGACUGAGUAUGUUCGCCUUCGUAUUGAGGCGCUUCGUUCCGAGAACCCAGGACAGUUCCAGAACGUGUCGGCGUUGCGCACGAACGCUAUGCGCUAUCUUCCCCACUACUUCCGCAAGGGCCAGAUCACCAAGAUGUUUUUCUGCUUCCCGGACCCUCAAUUCAAGGCGCGUCUGCACCGCCGCCGCAUCGUCCACACUCCACUACUUGCUGAGUACGCGUAUCUACUGGCUCCUGGUGGUAUCUUGUACACCAUCACGGACGUGGAGGAGCUGCACCAGUGGCACGUAGAAAAGUGCUCCAGCCACCCGUGCUUCACUCGUAUCCCCGACAGCGAACUGGAGUCCGAUCCGUGCGUCAAGGCCAUGACAGAGGAGACGGAGGAAGGCAAGAAGGUUGCUCGUGGUGGUGGCAAGAAAUACGUAGCGGUAUUCCGACGGAAGGCGAAUGAAGAUGUCGCCGUCGACAACCUCUUCUGGUGAGAGGUUGUCCAUACACCCACACAAGGUCUACAAGGACAGGCUUUUAGAUCCAGCGAGCUUUUUUUACUUUUUGAAUGAACUGCAUUGCUUCUUUCUUACAUGCCA